UAAAAGUUGCUGCUGGACUCAGGCUGUUAAAGCGCAGCACGGGGAAGGAUGUGUGGCCCUUUGAGUGGAUGUUACCUGUUCUGUUCUGGACUAUGGUCAUUGCGCAUUUAACGCUACCCAUUUAUUCGUGCCAGUGCCGCUGUAAAAUGACUGCGAGAUGUGUUCUAGACUUGGCUUAUGUGUUAAUAAUAUGAGUGCGUUUUCCGUCGUGGAAUAGUUCGCAACUUUGCGCACAGGGGUUCACUUGUCUUGGAUCGGUCCAACCACCUGUAAGCGUCUGAAUGGAAAGUAUGUCACCGCAGCAGCACGUAAACAUCAGCCAGAGCCGCUGUUCAUCAGUCAGUGAGGAGAGCAAAAUGUGCGCACAUCUGGAUAACAAGCGGAGGACGAAGGCCCUGUCUUGUCGCAGGCAGUCUGCUCCUUCCUUGGUCAUCAGCAAAGCACUUACUAGAUCCAGAACAAUAUCCAGGGAUAACAGUCUCUCUCCAGUCAGCCCAGAGACAUGUCUACUGGUGCAAUCAUAUCUUAAUUCUUCGAGAAUGUUUAUUGGUCAUGUAUAUGCCCAGCUGAAGACUGGUCUGCAGACCCAGGAGAGGCAUAUGUUCCUUUUCACUGAUAUCCUACUCAUCAGCAAGGCCAAAUCUUCAACCAACUUUAAGCUGAAGGCACAGACACGAGUUUGUGAAAUGUGGACAGCAAACUGCAUGGAAGAAGUGUGUGAGGGGAGUACAUGUCUUGACAAAAGCUUUGUGAUGGGUUGGCCGACUUGCAACUGCGUAGCCACUUUCAGCUCAGUUGAACAGAAGGAGAGAUGGCUUUCCCUUAUAAAAAGUCGAAUAAAAGAGGAGAAGGAGAAAGAUAAUCCAAAAACAAUCCCCCUUAAAGUGCAUGCCAAGGACAUGGGGAACUUUUCAUAUAAAACCAUUGCUGUGAGCAAUUCUGACAGUGCCAAUGAAGUUAUUCGUCUUGCACUGCAGCAGUUUGGAAUUUUGGGUUCUGUGAAGGACUUCCAACUGUGGGUGAGUUCCAGAAAAGACAAUGCUCCUUACCCUCUUAUUGGUCAUGAGUUUCCUUUCAGUAUACAGAUGAGCCAUUUAAGAGAGCCUUUGGAUGAACCUGGUGACAAAAGUGAUGAAAUUAUUCCACCUGAAAGACAAAUGGAGCUACUCUUUGAGCAGUUGCAGUCAGAUAGUCAGUGCCAGUUCAUCCUGAGGCCAAGUCGGGUCGCUGUGGGACACUCUUUUGUUGUUGAUCCAGACCAGAAGCCAUUCAAAAGACGGCGGUCACUCAUCAACUGGGCUUUUUGGCGCGGCUCAUCCAAUCAACUGGAUGACCCUCCUUUAUCUCCCCAUCUAUCCACAACUGAUAGGCUCUUUGGCCUGCCGCUCAGCAUGGUAUGCAAGGAUAACAGCCUUCCUAAACCCAUCAUGGACAUGCUAGUGUUUCUGUUCCAAGAGGGGCCAUUCACAAGGGGAAUUUUCCGGCGUUCUGCUGGGGCCAAAGCCUGCAGGGAGCUGAGAGACAAACUGGACUCAGGAAUCCAGGUUGUUCCGAUGAGCAGACAGUCUAUCUUUGUGAUUGCUGCUGUACUGAAGGACUUCCUGCGCAGCAUCCCAGGCAGCCUGCUGUUGUCGGACCUCUAUGAGAAAUGGAUGGCCACCAUGGAUUUGUCUGAAGAAGCAGAGGAUAGUCAGUUAAAGGCCAUUCAGGGUUUGGUGAUGUCUCUUCCUUCUGAGAACAUCCUACUCCUAAAGCAUAUUUUGGCAGUGCUGUACAACAUUCAGCUCCAUGCUGAAGACAAUCAGAUGAAUGCCUUUAACCUGGCCAUAUGCAUUUCUCCCAGCAUGCUCUGGUCCCCAGCUCCCAGCACCCCUGAGAUGGAAGGAGAAGGGACUAAAAAGGUCUGUGACUUGGCACGGGUAAUGAUUGAAAAUUGCUUGGCAAUAAUGGGAGAAGAUGUGACCACACUAUUUGAUGGUUUUCCUCAGAGCUGUAGUCAUGGAUCAGAUGUGUCCUCUUAUCAGAUGACUGACUCGUCUUAUGAUAGCCUUGAGAAUGAACUUAAUGACGACUCUGGAUCACUUUUCCAGCCCAUGCAGAGAUCACGAGGCAAGCCAGACAGUCGCAGUUAUGACUCAGUCCUCACACUGAGUGACUGUGACCUGGAUCAAACUGAUACUGACCCAGACAUCACCAUAAACACACACCUUUUAGUCCCAUCACUAGCCUGCCCAGUCAAAACAUCCUCAGUGGUGAGUCCAUCCACUCCUCACCUGCAUUCUCCUUGUAAAGAAUCUUCUUUUCCUAUGGGUGUUCGUCAGUUGAGACGUUCUUCUGAGCCUGCUAUUUGGAAUUCAACCUCAUCCUUAACCAGAUACCUAGACUGUAGGGAACACAGAAAGGGCAGUUAUGAAUGUGUGACAAGCCAAGGCAGAAGUGAUGUAGAUGUAAACCUUGAGGUUGAUAUAAACACCUUGAGGCUGGAAAAGCAGUGUGAUACUAGUCAGAGGGAUCAGAAUGAGAGGAAUGCCCCUCAACAAGUUAAAGAGAAAUUGAAACCUUCACCUCUGCAUCUAGAUACCAGCUGCACAAAUAUCUGCCCCCCUGUGGCUUCACCAAUACGUUCAGUGAGCUCUCCAGACAGUUCUCCCUCUCAGUACUCUGCUGACUUCAGCAAACAUUGCCCUCAUAUAGUGAGUAGCUUCAAGGCAUCAGUGAAAGCUUCUCCCAGGUUCCCUGGCACUGUGUCUGAAACUUCUCCUGGUCCAACUAUACCUUCUCCCAAGGAAUAUCCACAUAAAGAGAAAUUAGACUGGAGUCAGUUGAGGAGCAGUCAUGGGCUUCAUCCAAAUACCUGGCUGAAGAAAGACCACAGACUUUCCUUGUCAAAGGACAAAGGAGGGCUGGAUGACAAGGACACUGGUGAUCCAGUCUUCCAUCCUGAGAAUUUAUCCAAGACAAGCCAUAGCAAGGAGAGGAGAGCUCAGGAGUCAGGUAUUCCACCUGCAAGGAAAAGAUCUACCAGCCCUCUCUGCUCUGAAGAACCCUUGCUCGAAACACAACAUUGCAGGUCAGCUUAUUCCCCUGCCUUUGAAAAAACGUUAACAGUGAAGGAACUAAGAGAGAUUCACAACCAGGCGUGUUCACUGAGUGACCAAACCCCGGUAGAGAAGUACUCUCAGAAAAGCACACCAGGAGGUAAUACUAGCAGUUUGCCACAGUCUGUGUUCUAUGGCCAGUGUGUUCGCCGUUUGGCCUUGUACAGAAAUAAAUCUUACUCUCUUAUUCCUGUCGAGGAGAAGUCCCCUGUACGUCCUUCCUUUCAGCGUCGAGCAUCUGAACCUGGCGAGACUUGUCUGGGGCUAGAUAGGGAGACAGCAAAGAGGCUGGAGCAUAUCCACAAGCAGGCUGUAGGAAAACAAGACGUAUAUUCUAACCCUCAUACUCAUGGACCUAAAGUGUCUGACCUGGAACAAGAUGAUAAAUAUAGUAAACCCCAGUUUGGCCUCUCACCUGCCGCCAGAAAGACUGUGAGGAACUACUUCUUUUGGCAAGGAGGUGAAGAUACCCAGAGUAAUCUAAAGAAGAGUCAGGAAGUGACCCUGGCUGUUGUCCAUGGCAAGCGGGAGUGGAUGAGGAGGUGCAGUGACACACAGCUAGAAGAUUUUGAAAAAAUGCUUUUUUCGGAGGAGUCUUAUGUCUAAGUUCCUGGGUUCUAAUACAGUAUUUCCCAAAUUCAGUCCGUGGUCUAAAUAAUUGAUUUAGUAUAUUUGUUCAUUGGUAAAUGCAUUAGGUCUGUUAGAUGAAUAAUAAGAAAAAUAAACUGUGCAGGGUACAUUAGGACUAGAGUAGGAAAACACAGCCCUAAAUACAGUCCAGGAUGUAUGAUGCCUUUGGUAAAAUUGGAUAUAAAGGGUUAUGGGGAAAAAUGGUCUUUGUUGUUAAUUAACUUAAUCUCCCACUGAAAAUGAGAGAAUUAUAAACUUUAAUUGUAUUUAUUUUGAGAAAAUUUGAAACAUUUAUCAAAAAUAUAUUUCCCAAAAGAAGAUGCACUAUCAGCACCCCUAGGAAUUAUUAUCAAGCAAAUCUUGAACAGUCAUCCAUGACUUCCUGUUUCAUUGGAGUAUAAACAUGAGGUGACAAAGGGGCUAAAUUCAUUUUGUCAUGGAGAAGAUUACAGAAUUCAUAAAUGAAAUUAGAUAAAAGUGUCUUGGCCUUCAGGCAUCAGGUAAUGGCUAUUAAAAUGGCUACAUGCCUGAAAUGCCCAUAUUAGAGCAAUAAUAUUAAGAAGUUUAAAACAACUUUAGAUUUCAUGAACCUGUCUGUAAGAGACUGCAAGUAUGUUUUGCCCCUAAGCAGAGUGAGGAGGUGAGCGAGGCAAAAACGGAUCACAGUUGGAGAUUUGCAAAAGACAGCUGCAUUUUGGAGUCACCAAGUCUACAAAUCUACAAUUAGACGCCACCUCCAUGCCAACAAACUGUUUGGAAAGCAUGCCAGAAGAAAAACUUUUCUUUCAUCUAACCACAAAUUUAAGUGCCUGGAGUUUUCUGGAUGCUACUGGAACAUUGACUGAAACUUGUGUUCUAGCGUGAGAGGAGACAAAAAAUCCUGAAUUAAGCCUUUUGGCAAAAAUUUCCAAGGUGGGUUCUUCAUAAAAAAGAAUGUUCCCUGCUGUUUGGUAUGAUGGAAGAUCUGUGAUGUUGGGAGGCUUUUUUUUCAUCCUAAGGCCCUUAGAAUCUUAUUAUACAGCAUCAUGAACUCCAUUAAGUACCAGAAGAUUGUAAAUGAAAAUCUGACUGCCUCUUCCAGGAUGCUACAACUGGGUCAUGGUUGGAUCUUCCAGGAGGACAAUGAUCUGAAACAUACAUCUAAAUCCACACAAAACUGGUUCAGUGACCAAAAAAAAUCAAGCAUUAACCUGGCCAUUCCAGUCCCCUGACCUAAACCCAGUUGAAAACCUGGGGGUUGAGCUGAAGUGGGGAGUCCACACAAGGGACCCUAGGGCCAUGGAGAUUCUCAAGAGAUUCUGUAUUUAGGAGCGCUUUCAUAUUCCUUGCUAUGUAUUCUUCAUGGUUUACAGGAGAUGACUUAGCACUGUUAUGGUGGCAAAAGGAGGCUGCACGAUACAAGUUCAAGUACAAAAUGCAGGGGUGACAAUAAUUGUGAGAUAGUUUUGUUGUUGUUUUCUUUUUUUUAAUUGCAAGGGUUUUUAAUGACCUUUUUUUUACCCAUAGUUAAAAGUUGCCAAUAAUUCUGGUCUGACUGUAUUAUGAAUUUUAUUAUGAUAAUGAAUAUGGCCUGUUGUGUACACUUACUUUUUCUAUCAUUCAGUAAAUUAAAUUCUAAACAUUAAAGCUUUAAUAAGGUUUAUUAAUAUUCUAUAUCGUUUAUCUAUUGGGGGUCGUGGGUUGGCUCUAGCUCAUCCCAGCUGACAUUGGGCGAGAGGCAGGGCUCACCCUGGACAGGCUGCCAGUCUAUUGCAAGGCUAACAAAGAGAGACAGACAGCCAUUUACACUCACAUUCACACCUAUGGGCAAUUUAGAGUAGCCAGUUAAUCUAUAUGUCUUUGAACUAUGGGAGGAGCCCGGAGCACCUGGAGGAAAUCCACGCAGGCAUGAGGAGAACAUUCAAACUCCAUACAGAAAGGCCCCAGUUGGCCAGGAGGGUCAAACCCGAAAUCUGCUUGCUGUGAGACAACAGUGCUAACCACUGCACCACCAUGCUACCUUUAGAAGGGCUUCGUAAGAAGCAAUUGUAAUUUUCUGCUGCACUUAAUUUGAUUAUUAUACUAUCAGUCCAAGAAAUGCAGUGAAGUACAAUAAAACUAGGCAUAUGUAUUAUCUUACCAAUUAACUUUUAAUUUAAAAGUUGCAAUAAGUAAAAUAAAUAUAUAGAUUGUGUCAACGUAGGUAAUAGAAUAGCCUAUGUGGUGGAAAGACCUUAAGUGAUACUAUGUAAAGUUCUUUAAAGGGAAGUAUUAAAUCAAUUAAUUAGGUUACAAUACUAUUGGCUUAGUAAUUUUUAUUUAAUAGGUUUAGAAAGUAUCAAUAAAGGUUUAUCAUUAGUCUGAAUUUUGGUUAUAUUAAAAUAAGUAAUAAGCUUGCUGCUGCUAAGCACAAAUACUUGUGAACAAAAACAGUGCAGAUAUGUAAUUAGUUGUCAGUAACGUGUAGGAAACUUUUCCUGGCCACAAAAAUGUUGACGCCUGAGGUUCUGCUUUGGUAGGUGUAAAUAAUCAGGAUAAAUUGUAUUGCUUUUUAUUUGAUGUCAGUGAGAAUUAUUGCUUAUUUAAUAAGAUUAAGAAAAUGUGUAUACUUCUUUAUAUGCAUUUGCUAAUGGAUAGGUUUUCUUUCAAAUAUAAAUAAGGCCAAUUUAUGUGCAGUAAGAGAAUAGCACAUCUGGAAGCCAUGUUUCUAUGCUGUAGACAUUGUGUAUAUUUUUAAGAAUCUAAAGAGUAAUGUCUUAAGUAUAUUUUCUUUUCUAUUAAGACAUAUUCAGAUUUUUUUUUUCCAGUGACGUUGCUGCCAAUUCUUUAUACUCAUAUUACCUUGUCAGGAGUUCUCUCUUUGCAGUCAGGAAUCCCUUUAAUUAUGACACACACUCCCUGCCCAAUUUUUUUUUUUUGAGCCAUAUAACUUUUUUAUUCCUGAAAUUUCCACUGACAGAACACACGAGGGUUCAAUUUGACAUUAUUUAUAGCCCAACUUGUUUUAUAUUUAUUGCGGUUUGGUUAAACCUAUUGAAUUCACGUGACCAAUCAAACUAACAAUAAGCACUCAAUAAUAAAUUACAUAGAUUUGAAUUGUGAUUUCCACCACCAUAACAAUAUAAAGACACCACAGGGCUAUGCUUCACAGAGCCCACUUUGAGAACCGCUGUCUUUUAGAGUGGUGAUUAUAGAGAAUAUGGUAGCAGACAUAAAAUACUGUACUUUUAUUUAUGUUUGUAUUUGUUUGUUAUUCAAAUUGUGACUUAA